AUGCAAUGGAUCAUCCACGUGCCACUUGUCAUGUUCCCAUUUUGUUCCAUGUUGUAUAACAAGGCAGAUAGAAGAGAGACAAGAAUGUUGACCUAUUGGUAUUGUGUAUUGCUUCUCUUCUUCUCAAAUGUCCUUGUAUCAUUGAAACAAGCAGUAUUUGAUUGGAUUGAUUUUAUUCCUAGUUUUUUGAAUUCACUUGAAAUGUCAAUUCGUAGAACAUCACUAGAUAACAAAAUAUUGGAGACUAUUGUGAAAGAACCAUCAAAUUAUGCCAGCGUUGGACUCAUCUCUUCACAAUUCCAAGCAAGUUCCAUGUUACCUCAAUUAGUCUCAUUCCUUUUGAUUGUCUCCAUCUCUUAUCACUUCAUUCGAGAUGUGGUGUUGGGAAUUCCUGCAAAAAUUGAUUCAAAGCAAGAAGAUCGUGUAUUGGGAGUGAAACAAUUUAUUUCCAACGAGUUCAAUACUUGUCUAUUGCCAUUACAACACAUUAUCAAUUAUGAUCACGUGUUGUCUGGUGCUGAAACUAUCAAACCAUCCUCAAUACUCGAAAAAGAUGAAAAUGUUGAACAACCAGAAGACCUUCAAGGAAAGAAAGUGAAUGUAUCUCCUAAUAUUGUCAGUUCUUCAAGAACCUUGUCACCAAAUGGAGAAACCACAAGUGCUGCCGCUACCACCACGAAUACGUCGAGUCCAGUAUCUCCAGUCUCCAAUGUAUCUCCUACAACCAAUGGUCCAACGGGCAAUGCUCAACCCAAACAAAGAAUCAUUGGUGGUAACUUCGUAAGGGCAAGAGGUUUAGAGUCAAAAUUUGCCAAUAGGGGAUCGAAGGAAUACACAAAUGACAUCCAAGCCAAAGUCAAUCAGAACAUUAAUGCCAAAAAUCUUAGCCCAACCGGUUGUGAGACCGUCAACCAUUCAGCUCCAAAACAAAAAAGAGUGUCAUUCACUGAUGAAGAAUUCCCUCCACUCCCAUCUCUCGACACGGGAGCAUCAACCGAUGAAUAA